AUGUUGGCUUGCACGUCAAUUCGACAUCAUUACGAUCAGCCUCUACCACGGUUUAUUCCAGCCGGUUCUAUUUCUGUUAUUCGCUUUUUUACUUUCCAAACCCACUGUGUACCCAGUGUGCUCCUUAACGCCGGUGGAUAUCGAGACUGGCCGACUGGGCGCGGGAUCUUCCUCAGCAAGAAUAAAUCUUUCUUAGUUUGGGUAUGUGAGGAGGACCACCUGCGCAUCAUUUCUAUGCAACAAGGAGGAGAUCUAGCAGCAGUCUACCGGCGACUGAUACAAGGUGUUUCAGCCAUCGAACGCGGAAUGAAAUUCGCCCACAGUGCUAAGUACGGCUACUUGACCUGUUGUCCAUCGAAUCUGGGUACUACCGUGCGAGCCAGCGUAUUGAUCAAGAUUCCGAAACUGAGCAGCAAUAAGGCGAAACUGGACGAAGUGUGCAGCAAGUAUGGAUUGCAAGCCCGUGGUCUUUACGGUGAGCACACUGAGUCUGCAGAUGGUGUCUACGACCUCAGCAAUCGACGCCGUCUGGGAUUGACAGAGAUAGAAGCUGUCAAGGAAAUGGCUGAUGGUAUUGCCCACAUCAUCGAAUUGGAAGGAUCUUUGUAGCUCUGAAUCAUCUUUUCCGUAUUCUAAUAGAUGAUAUUACUUUACUCUAGGAAGUAGAAAAAGAC